GCUCGUUAAACGCAGUCUUACGUAAAGCUGGCGAAAGUGUGUGCGCAGAUUGUGCGCAACAAUUUGCGCCAAAACUCUCCAUAUCGACGAGGGGCGUUUAAAUGCGCUCGUGAGGAGGGGGGCGUGUGGGGUGUGUGAAGGGUUUCGCGUGGGGGAGGGGAACCUCUGAGCAUCACUCUUGUGAGUGUGUGUGGAUGGCGUGGGCUUCUCCUCUCCGUCUCCAAACCGCGCAGCAGCAGCACCACCACCACCACCAUCAUCGUCACCACUCGGCUCACAGCGACAGCCUCGUACGCAUCACCAUCCUCAUCCUCCUCCUUCUCAUUCUUCAUCACCACCAUCUCCAAGCUGAAGAGGGACCCUGGCAUCGAAGGAUUUAAGACAGCUUCAACCUGUAACCAGUCAAGCAAAUUGGGAGUCAGCUCUGAGGUGUCCUGAUCAAACUGAAGCCACAGCACGUACAGGUGGCCUCUCAAGCUAAACCUUUGACUUGUUGUGCGUCUUCUGUACUUCUUUAACAUGGAGGACGGCUACCAAAACCGGACUGCCUUCAUAAAAGGAGCCAAAGACAUUGCCAAAGAAGUCAAGCGGCAAGCUACCAAGAAAGUGGGUCGCUCAGUUGAUCGAGUGAGCGAUGAAUACAGCAAGCGCUCCUACAGCCGCUUUGAAGAGGACGAUGACGAUGACUACCCCAUGCAGGGAAGUCAGGAUGGAGGCUACUACCGUGGAGACAGCCAGGCAGCGAACGACGAUGAGGGCGGCCACAGUGACUCCACUGAGGGUCACGAUGAGGAUGACGAGAUCUAUGAGGGAGAGUACCAAGGAAUUCCCAGGGCUGAUUCAGGAAAAGGUAGCCUUGCUGGGGGUCCAGGAUCGGUGGGAGCCGGAGCUCAGCAGUUCAGAGAUAUCGGCGUGUCCGAGGCUGAGAGGAGGAAGGACCAAGAGGAGCUGGCCCAACAGUACGAGACCAUUUUGCAAGAAUGUGGCCACGGGAAGUUCCAGUGGAGCCUGUACUUCGUCCUGGGCCUCGCACUCAUGGCUGAUGGCGUGGAGAUCUUUGUGGUCGGGUUUGUGCUCCCCAGCGCUGAGAAGGAUAUGUGUCUGUCUGAACCCAACAAAAGCAUGCUAGGUCUUAUUGUAUAUUUUGGGAUGAUGGUUGGCGCUUUCCUAUGGGGAGCUCUGGCUGACCGGAUAGGCCGUCGGCAGUCUCUUCUCAUCUCUCUCUCUAUCAACAGUAUCUUCUCCUUCUUCUCCUCCUUUGUCCAGGGUUACAGCACCUUUCUGUUUUGCCGCCUCCUCUCGGGUGUUGGAAUCGGUGGUUCGAUUCCCAUCGUCUUCUCGUACUACUCUGAAUUUCUGUCCCAAGAGAAGCGUGGCGAGCACCUCAGCUGGCUAUGCAUGUUCUGGAUGAUUGGAGGAAUAUACGCAUCUGCAAUGGCCUGGGCUAUAAUCCCACAUUAUGGAUGGAGUUUCCAGAUGGGCUCGGCGUAUCAGUUCCAUAGCUGGCGCGUGUUUGUGCUAGUGUGCGCUUUUCCGUCAGUUGCAGCCAUCGCUGCCCUUAACGCCAUGCCAGAGAGCCCACGCUUCUACUUAGAGAAUGGCAAACAUGACGAAGGCUGGAUGGUUCUGAAGCAAGUUCACGACACAAACAUGCGAGCAAAGGGAUACCCAGAGAGGGUGUUUUCUGUCACCACAAUCAAAACUGUGAAGCAGAUGGAUGAGCUGGUGGACGUUGGCACCGACACGCCUGCUUGGCAGCGCUACAGACUGAAGAUUAUGAGCCUCUCCCAACAGAUACGGAAUAACAUCCUUGCCUGCUUCAGGCCAGAAUAUAAACGGACGACCUUCAUGCUCAUGGCUGUUUGGUUUUCUAUGUCGUUCAGCUACUACGGUCUAACCGUGUGGUUUCCGGACAUGAUCAAGUACAUCCAGAAGCAGGAAUAUGAAUCGCGCACGAAGACCUUCACUAAGGAGCGAGUGGAGCACGUCACGUUUAACUUCACCUUGGAAAACCAAGUGCAUCGCCAAGGAUACUACUUCAACGACAAAUUCCUUAACCUGAAGAUGAAGUCCAUGGUUUUUGAAGACUCCGUGUUUGAAGAGUGCUACUUUGAGGACAUCACAUCCACGCACACCUUCUUUAGAAACUGCACCUUCAUUGCCAGCUUGUUUUAUAACACAGAUUUAUUCAAAUACAGACUCGUCAACUGCAAACUGGUCAACAGCACGUUUCUCCACAACAAGGAGGGCUGCAUGCUCGACUUCAGCGACGACUUCAACAAUGCCUACAUGAUCUACUUUGUCAACUUUCUCGGCACCCUGGCGGUGUUGCCUGGCAACAUCGUCUCGGCUCUAUUAAUGGAUAAAAUUGGGCGGUUAAGGAUGCUGGCUGGGUCCAGCGUCAUAUCAUGUGUCAGCUGCUUCUUCCUGAUGUUUGGAAACACCGAGUCCGGGAUGAUCGCCCUCUUAUGUCUAUUUGGUGGCAUCAGCAUCGCCUCGUGGAACGCCCUGGAUGUGAUAACAGUGGAGCUCUACCCCUCGGAUAAAAGGACCACAGCGUUCGGCUUCUUGAAUGCCCUCUGUAAACUGGCGGCCGUGCUGGGGAUCAGCAUCUUCCAGUCAUUUGUGGGCAUCACCAAGGCCAUACCCAUCCUAUUUGCGGCCGGCGCCCUCGCCGCCGGCAGUUUCCUUGCCACAAAGUUGCCCGAAACGAGAGGCCAAGUGUUGCAGUAAAGCCGACGACCAGCAGAGGGCAGCAGAGUCCAGCUGGCGUGUUUAACAACUAACAACAUCCCUGAGAGCUUCAGCUCUGCUGUCACAUACCAACAAAAACAGACUGCCAUCCCCAUUGUAAGCCCAGAAUCCUUUGAAAUGUGGAUUGCAUCAUUCAAAGAGGAGAACACACAGAGGUAGAAAAAGAUGAUGUUAUAUUUGUGAUCACUUAAUUUCCGCUGCUUUGUCAGGUAUUCAAAAUAUUCAGAAAAAGAAUCAGAUAUCUUAUGGAAGAGCCACUCUUAGAGGGUGAUAAUGUGCUCCCACAGAUGCUCAGUGACACAGAACGAUCACAUGAUGAGAGGAAACUGAUUUAAAAAAGCCAUUUCUGAAGGAACGAGAAUGAUUUAGUCAGUGUAUGUGGUGAGUUUUCCGUUUUUCUUUCUCGUCUGUCCUCGACCUCAGUGACUGGCGUACAGUGCCUCUGUUUAAUGUGCUGUGACGUUACUGGAACAGUUCAGUUUACAUUUGCAUCCAGACUGUUGCUCAUAGACUUGCUUGCAAAAGUUCUCAAAAUGAAUUUCAGGGUGAACAUAUUUUCUGUUAAAAAAACAAAAAAAACUUUCCCAUGACCCUCGAUCACUGCCUCCUACUGAAGCCUGACCUGCUGACCGCUGUUAUUCUCUACCAAAUAUUGUUAAAACAUUCCAGUGAGGCUGCUGUUACUCAGACACAGAGAGCCGAGGUGCUUUUUCUCUCCCUGAGUAAUUCCAGUUCUCUGCUCAGAGCCUCGAAAUGCAGGCAGGCGAAGACGCAUUUCACAGGAUUCUCUGUUGUAAAUGGGAAUAGUUUGAUCCAGUUCCUCUGUGUUUGGUGUCAAAGCUGAUGUUUUCCCUCCGUGUCGUGUGGCAGUUUGAUGAUGUUUUCGAGGAACGUCUGUGGGACGGAUUUUGGUCAAGUGCUAAACUGUGAGAGCAGAUACUUGUGGUAUUUGCCUAAAUUAGUGGUGUGUGUAUGUGUGUGUGUGCGCAUGUUUUUGUUUGUACUCUGAUUUAUUCAUUUACAUCUCUGUGUUUCAUGCAAAUGACAGUGUCAUUUGCGUCAGUGGGAAUUUUACUUGUCCAGCAGCGGUUUGAAUAAGCAGUGUGGCCACACAUUAUCAAGGUACCUUAGAGGUGUAACUAUUGUAAAAACUAGCCUGAAAUCUCCACGUAAACACCCACAGUAUCCUGCCACAAAAGCAUCUUCUCAGUGCCCUUGCUAAUGCCUGUAAAAGGUGUAAUGUUUAAGGCUUGUUCAGAUAACUAAUAAACAGCACAAUGUUUGUGCGGUACUUUCGGCGGCUACCUUGUUUCCCACACCAGAUGGAUCUGCACGUUUGAUCUGGCACAGAUUUUACACCGGAUGCUGAGGCUGGGUUUGUGUCUCCUCCGGGUCUCAAGGACAAGGACAGGAAUCAACAUUGUAGUAAUAAUUUCAGUUUUCUUUAUUUUUUCUUCAUGAUCCCUUCAGGAUAAAGCAAUCAGGCCUGCGGUAAAAUCAAUUAUAUCUCCAUUAUUAUUAUCUUAUUCAUCCGCUCUAAAGGAAAAGCAACAUAUGAACCAAAACCCUGGCUUUUAAGAAUUUAAGAUCCCUGUUAUCCUUAUUGUACAUGUAGUGUAGUUCACCUCCAAUCCAUAUUAGAAUUAGUCAGAACAUAAGUUAUCUGAUUGAAUGGGAAAGCUAAUUCUUGAAGUCGAAACAACGAAAGGAGACUGAUUUAGUUCUUUUGUUUGCUGUAUUUUUUUUGUUGGGGAUCAAAACACGCAAACAAAGCAGUCUUCAUUUACCCAAGAAAAAACUGCAUCAUAAGCACAAAUCAAAUUGGAAAAGAAGCUGUUAAAAAAGUGAACAAUUAGACAGUGUGGCAAGAGAAACAAGAAUAUAAUUUUAUUUUAAGGGCUCCUGAUCAGACAUUCCUUCACUGCGUCCAUUCCCGCUGGGAAAAGAUGAAAAUUUGUAACUCAUUUUUAUUUCUUUCGUCUUUAAGGGUACGCAGGCUCUUAGUUUACAUGUAAAAACCUGCUGUGACCUCAUCUCAAGAAUCAGAAUCACCCUUAAAGCGAAGCUGAUUGUGUACACCUUCAUUCUGUAAACAUAUGACAGUAUUUUGUGUACUAUUUGUGUGCUGACAAUCAGUGAGAGAGUGUGACAUGUUGACCGAAAAACGUCCUCUGGAUUGUGUGUAUAUGUGUGUUAGUGCUGUUAUCAGCCCCCUCUAUAGUAAACAAAUACCCUUGUUCACUUAUGGUAGCUUAGCUUAGCAAAAAGGCCUGGACAUGAUGGGGAACAGCUACACUGGCUUUGCUGUUUCUCCUGUUAAACUAAGCUAAGCUAAGCUAAGCUAAGCUAAGCUAAGCUAACUGCCUGCCAGCUGUAGCUUCAUAUUCAGCAUAUAAAGACAUGAGAACAUUAUCUUCUCACUAAAGAAUGCAAAUGAUACUAUCUCUAAAACCUAUUUCUUUGAAAUCUUUCUUCAAAUCUACAUGCUGAGGAUCAUACCUGAGGGGUGUACUACAAGGUCAGGGCGAGAUUAGCACAUUAGCAAGCUACGUCAAGCUAAAAGUCAUCAGUUUGUCAUAAUGAUCUGAUAACGUUUAUGAUUGGAGUAGGGAGGACACUCAUAGGUAUCAUUUUGUGCAGAAGAGCUGUACCUGUAAAACCCCCAUUUUUAUGUUUAUGAGUGCACAAAGACCAUGAAGCGGAAAGCCCAGCUUACCAGAGAAAGUUGAUAACCUCCAUUAUGAUACACAUUAUCUCCAGCUGGGGCUUAAGCCAAAGAAAGCCUGGCUAUGUUUAACUUCCUUUGUAGUACACCCCUCCGUUGUUUGCUGUUUGUGUACAAAGAUGUAUGUGUUUAAUGAACAGAUUUGUCCCAUCUUGUUCCUGUUGGAAAGACUGUUUGGAUGUAUGUGUGUCUGUGUGCGUCUGCUGACUAAAUCGUCUGUCACAUAUUUUUCUACUUUUUUCUGUUGCGAUUCUGUUUUCAUCCCUGUGAUGAUUACAGCUCAGUUGGGGACCACGGAAUACAUUUACACUAUGAAAAGAAAAAAAAAGACCUAUAUAUGCAGUGUAGAAAUCAGUGUGUCGUUCUUCAUAACAGACUCGGGUGCUCUUUUGCUGACACAGCCUUUGAAACAAGUCCCUUGAAAGGCAGCCAGAAAUAACACACAGUCUGCUCCUCAGUUUUAGAAACACGCAGAAAAGGGAAAAAAAGAGAAAGGGAUCGCAUCUUAAAUUCAUAAAGACGGCUUCACCCCCUAAACCUUCUGUAUUCAAACGACUGUAACGCAUGUUCGUUAUCGUAUUGUCUGACUUUCUUGGACGUCCUGUAUGCCAGCUGUUUUUGUCCAAAGCAAGAACUAGUGUUUUCAUUGUCGUAUGAUGACAUAGAUUUGUUGCUUGCAGUGAUUGUUCUUAAUCAAAGUGGGGUGAAAACUGGUGAAACUCGAGUAUGUGUUCUGAAAGUGAGUUAGUGGUGACUGUGCUCCUUGUUUACCUUGGAACCAGGUAACCUUUUUUGUUUUUAUUAUAUAUAUAUGUGAAUAUACAUGCUUGAAUUUCUGAGGAGGUUGCUUGUGAUCUUGAAGAUAAGCUUUGGCUGGAAAGGGAAGGACACUUUCAAUGUGAAGUGCAUGAAAAGUGUAAUUUGACAUAAACUUGUUUGUUUAUGUGAGUCUGUAUUAAAGGGGGAGGUUUAAGUAAUCAAGUCAAACUCAAAAGGACCACGGGUUUAAACUCAUCAAAAGAGCGCCCUCUGUCAACUUGAAGCUCCUGUCCAAACUGUAAAAGUUUACGGAUUAAUGUUGCUACGUGUAGAAUUUCAUUCUAUAUACAUAUAAAUAUAAAUAAAUAAAUAUAUAUAUAGAUAUACAUGUAUAAACUAUAAAAAGAGUUGCUGAUUUGAGUUUUAUCCAUAAAGGAAGGCAGAGAUAUUGGGUGCGGUCAAAAUAAAGCAAACACCAGCCUGAUACGACUUCCCCUUAAUGACGGCAGUCUUUUAAAAAGUGUGGGAGAAACACCUCCCGCAUCUGCAGAGAACUGCAAGGAUCCAUCACUGUAGUUGGAGCGAUGGCGUUUCUGUUUGCUUUCUUUAGUUUGACUCUGAGCUGUUUUAUUAUCUGAUAAAAAGUUCUACUCUAAAUGUGAGUUCAAUUCAAGAUUCAGUGUACUGUGUGUAGAAACUGUAGAUGUUUGUAUGUGCAAGUAUGCAAAUUGUGAAACAAAAAGAUUACGGAAACAGUUCCAAAAAAAGUUUGGUAUGACACAAAACUUUAUUGUGUGUUGUCUUUGUGUUUUGUAAAUCAAGACUGAACAUCUUGGUAAAUUCAGUAUUUAUUACUUCUGGAUAUUGAGAAUAUUUUAGUGAUGCUGAAAAGGUGCUGUAUUUAUUUUAUGUGAGAGUUGUCCAUUAUGCUGGGUUUUGCACUUUUGUGCUAUUUAUCCAGUUCUUUGAAUAAAAUCAUAAUGGAAAUAAAACUUGAAGAAAGAAAA